AAAACGUCAAAACAUUGCUUCCUUUGUCUGCUCAACUGUACCUUCACCUGCAAGUUUGCAACGUUUCUCCUAUUCACUUAAUUACCCACUGCAUCUAUACCAGCUUCUCCGCCCUUUAGCUCCAUAUACUAACCUCGUUUCUUCUGCAUGCUCAUCCAAAUAAACGAUAUUGCGAAAUGGCUGCAGCCCAGCAGGAGGACCCCUUGGACGUCCUCCAGAAAAUGUUUAAUGAAGUCCUUGUACAAACUGGUAAGGCUAUCCGGGGAGCCAAUAAGCAUGGGUCGAGUGUCUCUGGGGGAAACAUGCUGGGCAGUAAGAUGCAAGCCAGCAUGACUGGGUUCCAUUAUGCCCUCGACGAUCUCGAAAGCGAAAUAACAAGAGCAAAAGCAGUCCUGCUUCGGGACCUGGAGAAAUUGCAAGCUGCACGGAUGCCGGCCCCAGUCCCGGCUCCGACUCCGGUGCCGCCUGCUCACACGGUGAACUCAAACGCCAAUUUCGAACCUCGGGAGGAAAAGAAGAGGGUUGCGCCGUUCCCGGACAUGGGCAUGGGCAUGUCUGCCGACGUGGUAGAUUUGACGGUGGGUGACAACAAACAGCCGACGCCUUCACCACGAGUCCCUUCUGGUUCUCUGAAAACCGUUGCUCGCUCAACUCCGCCCUUCAAGCCAUCACCAAAGCCGACGCCACCGAGCAAAGUCACCCCGGUUCCUCCCCCGCAGGUUCCUCUCGUUCCAACCCCGAGUCAACGAGUGCAGGCUCCACAGCAGCCUAUGCUAGCAACCCAACCAGGUCAGGAUAGUGCUUUCGACGCCAUGAUUAACAUGCCGGACAGCGGGACACCAGCCGGUGCAGCCACUGCCGACAUGGGCGGCGAACUGAGCUUCACCAACAUGCAGUUCUCUCUGGCACCGCCAUCAGAUGGACCAUCGCAAAACGCUCCACCAGCACCGAUGCAGGACUUUGACCUGAGCUCCUUCACUAAUCAGGACAACAACGCCGGAAGUGGUGAGAUGCUUUCGCUGGAUGACUUCUCAAACUCGAAUGGAAACGGCAACGGCCCUAGCAACGGCGCUACUCAACCACAACCCCAAAAUCCAGCGACCACCACGCAAGCCAGCAACACCGCGGAGACAAACGUCGAAGACUUGUUCGAUCUAGGCAAUGCUGGCGGGGGCGGAGACAACAUGGACUUGGAUUUGAGUCUCGGAGACAUGGGCGGCGCAAGCGAUACAAAUUUUGACAGCAUGUUCAUUGAUGCUGAUAAUGCGGACAUGGGGCAGUUUGAUGAUGCAUUCUUUGAUAUGCAUUGAUGGGUUGACUUGGUUGGUUGGUUGGCGUCUCUGAAUGAAUUGGUAGAUAUGGGGAUAUACAAAGGCUUAGGAGAUUUGACAGCGGUUAUCACGAUCUAAGUGGUUGUUGAGGUACUUAUAGGAACUUUUUUUCUUCUCACUUCUUCUGGUUGUGCUGGUCGUCGCAUGUAUUUGAUAGGAGAUGCUGCCCACAUUUGCAGCACCAAAACACCAAAGAAGUAGAAUAGGAUUGGAAGUACUUCUGGCGCACAACACUUUGUCUGGAU